AUGACAGCACUGACAAACGAUGAUAUCAAUAACGAUAUCAUUGGAGUUGAAAAUGAUGAUAAAGGAGAUAAAGCUACAGAUAAUAGAGCUGAAAUUAUUAGAAGUAAAAUGAGAAAUAUCAAAAGA